CCUCGAUCAGUUCGGCAAGACCAAGGUGCACACUCAGAUGUGCCCCUUCUUCGGCCACCCCAACCCUCCGGCUCCCUGUCCGUGCCCUCUUCGCCAAGCCUGGGGCAGCCUCGACGCCCUCAUCGGCCGCCUUCGUGCCGCCUACGAAGAGAACGGGGGCAAACCCGAGUCCAACCCCUUCGGCGCUCGCGCCGUCCGCCUCUACCUCCGUGAAGUCCGCGAGAUCCAGUCGAAGGCCCGCGGCGUCAGCUACGAGAAGAAGAAGCGCAAGAAGCCACAGCAGGAUCAGCAGCACCCUCCACCGCCACCCGCCGCAGCCUAAGCUCCGCUACCGACUCCAUCCCACUGGCAUCAACGAGGAGGCUUAGCAGAUAUGCCUUGAAGCCUUCCUCUCUUCUCUUCAACUCUCUCUAUAUGACUAUUAGCUACCGAUGUGUGAGCCUUUUGUUUUCUCUUCAUCGAGCUUAUUAGUAUCAUUCUGUUUAUGUCACUCCCUUUUUCUUUUCCCUGUUUUCGAUUGAACCUUGGAACAAAUCGCUACUCUUUAUAUUACUACUUCAUGCGAUAUUGCUUUGCCUUCA